CAAAGGGAGCAAAACAUGCCAAGAGCCCGAGUCCCACGUGACUUCCGAUCCACAAAAGCAUUAUCCACUCGCUCUUUUAUCACAGAACUUUCAACUCCCAACUUUGAGAUCCUCUGUGUCACUUCGUCCAUGGCGUUCUCUCUUUCCUCGACUCCUUCGUUUCCGUGCUCGACGCCCCGUACCGGUCCCGGCCGGCUAAAUUGUUCGAGCGUCAUCGUAAAAUGCGAAGCCGACGGUUCAUUGUCGGGGGCAAGAUCGAAGCUAGAGGUGGGCUCUCCGGUUAUCGUGACCGAGGCUCCUACGAUGGUCAAGACCGCGGCGUCUAUUCCGUGCCUACGGGUUAAUUCGGGCUUGGUCAAGCCCGGGGAUGUGGGCAGAAUCGUAUCGAGGAAACCGAAAGACGUAUGGGCAGUUCGUCUUGCGAUCGGGACUUACCUCAUCGAUGGCAAGUACUUCAAGCCGUUGAAGCUCGACGAUUGACUUAAACCGGGAUUUAUCGAUAGCAUGAUUCCGCAAAAAAUUUAUGUAUAUUCGUAGGGAUUUUGGUACGCUUCAACACUAUUUCUUGGGUGUCGCUCUUGGAAGAAGUUUCUGACUGGUGUCCCGGUCUUCAAGCGAUACUAGAUUUGAUCCCAUGUUUCUCAAAUUGAUGCACAAGAGACUUCAAUGUGGCUUGCUCAAGAGAAUAAUCAAUCAUCCUUCGAGUAA